GAAUAUAAAGAAAAAAUAUUUUGUUGUUGUGAGAUCAGCAAUAUCCAUUAAUGUAGUGUAGGAUGUGAUGAAAUGUGUGCACCAGUGUGAUGAAAAAUGUAGAGAUCACACCCGAGAGAGAGAGAGAGAGAGCGAUAGGGAGAGAGAGUGAGAGGGAGAGAGAGAGAGAGAGAGAGAGAGAGAGAGAGGCUUCAAACCCCCACAUUGCUUGUGUGUCGUGAACAUUUUCGAGCCUCUGGAAAAAGAAAGAAAAAAAAAUAGGCGGACUCUGAACUGACAAAAUGAUGCUGAAGCAGAGCCGAGAGGCGGCAUUGAGCGUUUGAAAUGUCUGCUGCAGCUGAUUUUUGGGCCAGUAUGCCGGCAUUUUCUCUCCCAAAUCCGUGCACCGUGAGACCCAGCCGCAUGACGGGAGCCCUGCACAGCUGCUGCCGGUAUAUGAACUACUUCACACGCUAAAGGUAAUUUAAACCCGGCUCCGUGUUUGCUGCACCUGAUUUCCCUCCUCUCCCUCUUGCAUCAAUUUGAUGCUGCGUGAAGCUGCUGGGCGAUGAUGCAUCGGUGUGCUGUGACUCUGUGAAUUCGCAUCAGAUCAAGUCUGUUCGGACUAUUUUCUUCGGAAAUGUAAAUUAGAGCGAUUGAGCCAGUUUUUUUGCUGAUCCACUUUGCGACAAAAUAUAUAUCUAUCUAUAUAUAUAUAUAUAUAUAGAUAAUAAAAACAAAAUGCCUUAUUUCGACAAGAGGUGCGAUGAUGCCUGUAGCUGUGAUUGUGUCAUUGCUGCGGCACACUCCGGAGCUUCUCAGCCCAAGACAGACUCAACUAACCUCAGCUGAAGAGAGAGCAGCAAGCUGGCAAGUGCUUUGUCACCCAACAUAAGCCAUAGGAGUCUGUGCACGGGGAAAAGGCCCUGGAGGGAGGUAUCUUGCACUAAGGUUUUGGGGACUUCCCAAGAUCUGCCCCAUCCCUGAAUUUGUCUGAGGACUGCUGUGAGCUUACAAGCUUCCUGAUGGUUUCUGGAGGGCAGCCCUGAUGCAUCUUGUGAGUGUGAAAACUCUGAAAGCUUUUUGCCAGGUUUGCAUCACCAGACAGGAGACAGAGCAGACGGUAACUCUGUGUGUGUCAUGUUAGAAGCUGGAUGUUCGCCUGCUCCCUCCAACUCUCAGCCAAAAUCUUUGACUUGCCCCGUCUAAGCCCUUUGUAACAGCAUCGCUGCGUUGCCACAACAGCACAACGGGAGCGGUGUCGAGCAGCACCAACAGUUUGUAGACAUCACUGUCUGCGUGUGACUUUUGUAAAAAGUCCUCCUGUCUGACUCUCACAGUACGAGGCACCCCAGUCAGGAUGCAGGUGUCUUUCGCAUGCACUGAGCACAACCUCAAGAGUCGCAGUGAGGAUCGGCUUUGUGGCCUUCGCACUGCUCCACCUCCCGGAGGAAGCAGUGGAGGAGUAGGGGGAGGUGGCGGUGGAGGAGGAGGUGGGGGCGGUGGCAGUGGAGGAGGAGGUGGCGGAGAAGGUGGAGGAAGAGGAGGAAGUGGACAAGGGAGUAAUGGCAACUACCCAUCCCAAGGCUCGGUUAAGACCAGGGAGGGGCCCCGGCACACUCCACAGGGCCAUGCCCACAUGAAGGAGGCCAUCGGGCGCCACACUAGUAUGAAGUACAGGAACCUGGGAAAGUCAGGCCUACGUGUUUCCUGCCUCGGGUUAGGCACUUGGGUGACAUUUGGAUCACAGAUCUCUGAUGAGAUGGCUGAGAACCUGAUGACCAUAGCUUAUGAGAACGGAGUGAAUUUGUUUGACACGGCGGAGGUGUACGCCUCAGGAAGAGCGGAAAUCACUCUGGGGAACAUUAUUAAGAAGAAAGGAUGGAGACGUUCAAGUUUUGUCAUCACAACAAAAAUCUACUGGGGCGGCCAAGCAGAGACAGAGAGAGGACUCUCCAGAAAGCACAUUAUUGAAGGAUUAAGAGGAUCCUUAUCAAGACUGCAACUUGAUUACGUGGACUUAGUUUUUGCCAACAGAAAUGACGUCAAUAGUCCGAUGGAAGAGAUUGUUCGGGCCAUGACGUUCGUAAUAAACCAGGGUAUGGCCAUGUACUGGGGAACGUCUCGCUGGAGUGCCAUGGAAAUCAUGGAGGCAUAUUCAGUGGCACGCCAGUUCAACCUGAUCCCACCUGUGUGCGAGCAGGCAGAGUAUCACUAUUUCCAGAGGGAUAAAGUUGAAGUGCAGCUUCCCGAACUCUACCACAAGAUCGGUGUGGGGGCCAUGACCUGGUCUCCUCUUGCUUGUGGGUUAAUCACAGGGAAGUACAGUGAUGGUGUCCCAGAGUGCUCCAGAGCAGCAAUGAAGGGAUACCAGUGGCUGAAGGAACGAGUGAACAGCGAGGAGGGACGCAGGCAGCUCGCUAAAAUUAAGGAACUCCAUCUACUGGCAGACAGACUGGGCUGCACUGCAGCUCAGUUAGCUAUAGCCUGGUGUCUGCGCAGCGAGGGAGUCAGCUCGGUACUUCUGGGAGUUUCUAACACAGACCAGCUACUGGAGAACCUUGGCGCCCUCCGGAUUUUAUCCCAAAUGAACCCUCAAACCAUAACUGAGAUUGAUGCCCUGUUGGGAAAUAAGCCACACUCGAAGAAAGAGUCACGCGCUUGAAGAUGCAAAUCUGAGUGACAGAUGAUGUUUCGAGAGAGGAUGAAGACAUUGGGAAACAUCGCUUUUUGCUCCGCUGUAUACUCAACAACUUGCAUGUCCUCUGCAACAUUAUGCUUCCAGUAUGCGCACAUAUCAAUGUGGCGCAGUACAUUGUAUCAUGUAUGGAAAAAAAAAAGAAAAAGAAAAUCUCUCAUUUGUGAAAAAAAGAAAAAAAAAAACAGGUCAUAUAUUGCUCACUGUCCAUUGAUCACAGACUAAUUAUUUCUACGUGAGGAGGAGGCUAAAGCUGCUUCCAAGUGUCUGCCGUCCAUAGAAACCAAGAGAGGUUGAAAAAUAGUCAACUGUCAAUCAAAUGUUUUAAAGUGGAAAAAAAAAAUCACACCUCUGUGCUAAAAUGCUAAAAAAGUUUACUGCGUGAAUGGUGCUUUCAUUGGACAUGUGAGUCUCCUGCCCUCGCAGCUGCCUGUUAUCCUCUGUGAUGUUUAGUAUCCCAGCAGCCAGAGAUCCAAAGGUUAGUGUGUGUAGCCUAACAUUACCCAUAGUGUGCAUGUGACUGGCCUGCCACGCUCACUGCUUUAUUUACAGGGUUGGGAACAAUAGAUUACUUGUAGAGUCAUUACAGCAAUCUGACUGUAAAAAAAUCCAGUCCGUUAUUGCUUCAAAACAACAUCAGAUCACAUGCUUUAAAAGGAAAAAAAGUGUAUUAUAGCCCAAAAAUGUCAAAUAAUCAUUGAUUCUCGCACAAAUGUUAGGUAUUACAAUUUUAAAAUCACGGAUCAAUAGUAGGUGAUAUAUUUUGAAAGUAACUUUCCCAACCCUGCUGCUUUCUCAGCAAUCUUUUUGCCUCCUCUGUUUGUAAACUGUGCGCAUGUCCCUUUAAGAGAGAAAAGCCCUAACAGGGUGUAAAUGUGGCAUGGCUUCUAUGGCUUAUGUAGAUUUGCAGUGCCCUUGUAAGCCUUUUUUUUUUUUUUUCUACUCUAAAUGGUCGAGCAGUUUGAUCCAGCAUCUAUGCCGCUGGGCCGCUCGUGCUUUAAAGACUUUCAUCAGUCUUGCAGGCACAGCCAUGUGUCCAUCUGACAUGUAAUCUCUGUCUUGUCCUAAACUGUAUGAAAAGACGUCACUUUCAGUGAUGCCGUUCUUGUGAAGAGCUUCAUUGUUCUUGAAUCAGAGUUUUGAGGCGGCUGGACUUCAUGGAAAAGACCACUGAUCGUCUGAUACAAAGAUUUGGACACACUGUGGUGAACUUGUUUUCAAAAGAUAGGAAAUAAACCAUGCGUCUGAGUUUAUCACAUGUGAUACAACUCUUGCCACAUGUCACUUGGGGUAAGAUUUAGCAAAUGUAAUUCUUCAUUGCUUUUUGUGGAAGCCUAUAAAUAUAGCUUCUCUGAAUCAUUUA